UCGGCGCAUAAGCGUUGACUGGCGGAACUAAAAUAUUGAAUCGUGCCUUUUGUGCGAUACUGAUGGUGCUUCGGAACAUCUUUGCCAAAAGGAUGCAUGAAGUUUCAUACCAUAUAUCAAGGAAAAUGUUUGCGUAGUAUCUUUCCGUGAAAUUAAGCGAGAAAAAAGCUUCAGUGUUUAGAUUAUUCACGUGAGAAGUUAACAAAUUCACGGCCGCCAUGGACAGAAGAAAAAUGUCUACAGCAGGGGAUUCCCUCUACCAGAUUUUGGAGAUUCCAAAAACCGCAACUUCGGAGGAAAUUAAAAAGACUUAUAGAAAAUUAGCCUUGAAAUUUCAUCCUGAUAAAAAUCCUAACAAUCCAGAGGCAGCUGAAAAGUUUAAAGAAAUAAAUAGAGCACAUGCUAUACUGACAGAUUUAACAAAACGUAACAUAUAUGAUAAUUAUGGGUCUCUUGGCUUAUACGUCGCAGAACAGUUUGGAGAAGAAAAUGUUAACGCUUAUUUUGUUGUCACUUCUGGGUGGUGUAAGGCAUUGUUCCUGUUUUGUGGAUUAAUCACUGCUUGUUAUUGUUGUUGCUGUUGUUGCUGCUGUUGUAAUUUCUGUUGCGGUAAAUGUAAACCAACUCCUCCUGAGGAUAGCGGCGCAUACCAUAAUUUACAGCGGAACCAGAAUCCAGAGGGUGUUGUGACAAAUCAACCGCGAGGUUUUGGCAAGGAAGAAGAAAGCGAUGAUGAUGCUGUGACAGCUCAACCACAAAGUGGUGCAUCGCAAAAUGCGCAGCAACCUAUAUUUGCUAUGCCUGCACCAGGAUCAGCUGUACCAACGUCAACAGUUAACGAAAGCACGAAUUUAAACAGCGGCGGUGACCGCGUGAUUUAUACCACUGCGGCUGCCACAAACCCAUUCAUAGGAGCCAAUGCAGCUACAACUGACCCCGGACCAACCAGAUGGUAGACUGAACCCAUGGAAAAACCAUCAUGAACAUUGAAUUUAUAUUUCUAAUGCCGGGUCGCUACAAUAGCUCAUUGACAUAGAUCAUAAGUUUAUGUUUUUGGUAAAGUAAAUUAUGAUUAGUUUAAUCUAAUGAUCAAUUUUUUUCUUUUGUAGGCAAAGUUUCUAUUAUUUUAUAGAUACAUUAUUAUGUUCUAUUUAUUGAAUUGGUCUCGAUAUAGAUACACAUUAUCUUAUGUAGUUUUCUACGGGAAUCUUUCGCCAGGAAUUUAUACUGUCUCGCAAUUUUUUUGUAUAUGAAUACAAGUAUACUUUAUAUUUAAAAUUUUUUGAACAUAAAGUAUUUUGAUUUUUAUUUUAUGUUCUGUUUCUAAUAAACAUUUUAAGGAGUUGCUCACAUAUAUCAGCAAAGAACGAAAUAAGCUGGAGCCUUGACAAGAAAUAUGUGAGUCCAUGUAUUAAGUAUUGAAAUCACUCAAUUAUCAAAAAAAAAAUCUUUUACUUCCCUCUAUGCUAUAUACAUAUAGUUAUUGAUAUUUUAGUCUGAACAUCCGUCUCGAAGUCUUUAAGUUAAUGUAAUAUUGAAAUACAAUAAUUAUACAGAAUGUAAAAAAUGUGUAUCAAUAGUUUAGAAGUAUUUUUUGAUAAAUGUUAAAUCGGUUACUCGAUGAAGGCCUAAUUAUAAAAGAAACAUUUAACACUAAUUCAGAAUGUAGAUAAAGAACAAAAUUCCACUUUUUAAUUCAGAGAUUGAACGUGUUUUUUCAAAUAAAAAUUGUAUUCUUUUUCUUAAUGAUUAAUAUUUAUUUAUUAUUGAAUUUUGAAAAACACAAUAUAUAUGUAAUUUAUGAAAAAAUCAGUUUAAAUUUAUCUAAACAUACAAUCAUACUAUUGAUCUCGCAUUCUACGAUACAUCCUGUAUAUUAGUUGUUAGUAAUAUUAGAGAACGAAAUUCGCGCGUGAAUAAUCUUUAUCAGGUAUAUAAAGAAUUGUUGCUAUAUAAUAAUUAUCUUUUAUGAAAUAAAUUUAUAAUAGUGUGCGAUAAAUCUCGUACUGUGCAACUGUGACAUCUGAAAAUCAUUUAAGUAUAGCAUAAUAUUGAGUUUAAAUUUAGUUUAAUUUAGCAAUUCGCAUAUUGUUCUAUUUUUCUUUACUUUUGUUUAUGUCAUUUUGUAAUUAUUAAAAAAUUACAUUUCCAUAUUGUAACAGGAUUCAUCAGGAUUAAAUAAUCGACAAUAUAAUUUUAGUAUUUAACAAAUUUAAUAUUUAAAAAGUUUUUUUUUUUUUUUUUUUGUUGAGAGAGAAACUAUUCAAUUAAAUAAUCGAAAUAAUAAUAUAAAGGUAUAAAUGCAUACAGGCAUUGGCUUUCAUUAUUCAAAACGAGAUGUUAGAUUUUUUUUAGAUUUCAUCUACACAUUAAAUAUUUGGAAAUGAACAGAAACACAAUUUCUAUAUACAUGUGCAGAAUGAUCUAUUUAAGUCACCCUUAGUCUUGUAAUUUAAUAUUUAUAUCACUAGUAAAAAAAAAAAAAAAAUCAUUCGGAUAAAACUUUUUCAAAAACUGCGGUAUUAUUGCUACAAACAAUUUCGCUCUUAGUGUCUGAGAAUUAUAUAAUUUGUUGACUAUAUACACACACAAAUGCAUAUUGUAUUCACUCUUAUAUGGAACUGAGAGGAUUAGAACGUCCUGAUGUGAUGUAUUCUAUAAUAUUCAGAAGAGACACAGAAUGAACUUUAUCUUCAGACGUAACUUUUGUAAAAAGUAUAAUCUCAUGUAUACCAACGGCAUAUUGCUAUGUAUGUAUCUAUUAAUUCAAAGAUGUAUGCACUGCAUUAAUUAAAUAAUGCCGUGUAUUUAUGAUAAGAUUUCGUUAAUUAUAAAUAUUUGUCUGUAUUGUCCUAAUCAUAUAAUUGACAAAUAACUUCGACGUGCAAAACUAUUUCCGAAAAUUUUAACACUUAUCUAUGAUGUAAGUAGUAAUCAUAUGUAAUUAUAUCACAAUGUAAAUGUGUGAUAAAUCAAUUGAACAUA